AAGUCAGAUAACAGUUUUGAAAGUAUUAAAAUUUCUUAACAAUUCAACUUAAUUUAACAGUUUCAUCGUGAUUUCUAUUAAUCCAAUUAUCAUCUGUUAUUAUUCUUUUUUAAAUUCAUAUGUAAUGUUUUUUUUUUUUUUUUUUUGUUGAAAUGCGAGCAAAUAGAAAGGACGUUAGUUGUUCAUAUGUUUUCUAUUGUUUAUUAGAAAAUGAGUGCAAUUACAGUUGAAAUUAAUGCAAAUGCUGUUACACUUUUUAGUGAUUAUCAUAUUUUGAAAUUGUAUUUUCACUUUUGUUAAUUGUAUCAUUACAAUAUGAAUGACAUGGAACAAUCUAAUAAUCCAGAUAGUGAGAAACAUGGCAAUUAUUAUGCCUUAUUAGUUGCAUUUAAAACUAUGAAUGAACGUUGUCAACAAUUAGAAACAAGAUUAGCCACUGUUGAAGAAGAAAAUAUGUGCUUGAGACUUGAAUGCACAAAAAAUGAAUCUGCAGCUAUUAUGAAAGUUGAUGAUAAUGAAAAAGCUAUUGCGCAAACUUUGAAGGAAAAAGUGGAGGAGCUUAAGAAACAAAAAUCUCAGCUCACUCAUCAAGUUUUUAUGGUGGCGGCAGAAAAUCGACAGUUAUGGAAUAGAUUAUCUAAAUUAACAAGAACCAAUAAAUCCUUAGGAAGUCAAUUGACAAAAAUUUCUGAUACGCUUAAGCAACAUUCUCCAGCACAACCUUCAGACAUUGUGUCUUAUAGUUUCCGUGAUAUUUCUAGUAAAGAGGAUAAUAAUCAAUGUAUGUUAGCGACAAACAAUGGUGAGAAAGAACAAAGUUUAGAAGAAAUAUCACUUAGACUUAUAAAUAGCAUUAUGUUGGAAAAGUCAGAUUUAGAACAGCAAUAUGCAGAGAUGGUUGAAUUACAAAAUAGUACAGAACCAGAUUUAAGGAAUAUUGGUUUUACUUAUCCUGAGGAUUCAGAUACAGAUUUAGAAUUAUUGAAACAACAUGAUAUUAGAUUGUCACAAAUGAAAAGCACCUUAUUAGUGCAACAAACGAAACUAAAAAGAGCACUCCAAAAUUUCAAAAAGAAAAAAGAAGGAUUAAUAUGUAAUAACUGCCGUACAAAUGCGAAUAAAAAGAUGUGUCAAGCAAGCACACAAUGUAAUUUUAAUGAAAGUAUUAAAGAGCAUGGUGCAACUCAAACCAGUCUUCAAACUCCGAGCCUAUCUUUAGAAAAGUAUUCCAAUUCAACAGAUAAUAUAGACCAAGACAAUAAAAUUUGUCCGUUAUGUGGAUCGUUUUAUGGAAAAACUGUCACAUUUGCAGAAUUUCACGAACAUGUUCUGAGUCAUUUUAAUAAAGAAGUAACUGUAGAUGGUUUUGAAAUUCUUCACUAAUGAUUGUGUAAGAUGGGGUUUAUAAUAUGAGUAGUAUCUUUAAUUUUAUAGAGUUUUAUACAUCAUUAUAUUUUUCUUUUUUUAAGACAAACGCAAGGUAUUUGUAAAUAUGAUAUAAUUUUGUGAAAACUGUAUUAAUUACAGUUAACAAAACUAGACAUGUUUUCAUUAUUGAAUUUUAUAAAGUGUUGACUCAGAGAAGAUUUAAUGAAAACUAUCAUACAUAAAAAUAAUAAUUUAAUACAUAAAUAGCAAAGAAUGUGAUUGUUAUCUAUAUUAUACCUAUUUCAUUAAUUAUAGAGAUCAAGAAGAGAUAUAGAAUAUUAUAAGGACAUUUAUAAUUGUAAAAAUGUCACAUUUAAAAAUAAAACAAGAAUUGUCCAUA